UGGAAAGAAAAGAAAGAAAAAUGAACCGUGCAAGAACUUUGAUUAAAAGGAAUCUCCGAUUAAGGCCGAUAUUUCAUGUGUCGGUCGAUAAGGCUUUUCAAGCUUGUUGAUUGGCUACAGAACAGCUGCUCAUGAGCAGGUGCAAUCGUCGUUUGCACACCAACACCACAGACCCACACACGGAUACACGGUGAGAAAAGCUGGUUGAAGUGACAGGCAGUGAACAGCGUGGUGAAAUCCUUCCACCAUGAGUGAACAGGCACGCACAGGCACACAGUGCAGGCACUGACAAGUUAACGUGUGAGCCGCGAAAGAGUGUGCAAGAAACAUGAACAGAACGCAGGAAAAAUCUGUCGAUGAGGAUGAAAGUAAUCUCUUCAAUCCCACUAUAUUGGAUAGAUUGCCGAUAUCGCACGUUGCUGGGUUACUUAUAAGACCGCUAAAGAGUACAGAUUACGACAAAGGUUUUUUAGUCCUUCUAUCACAAUUGACAGAUGUUGGAAAUGUCACCAAGGAACAAUUUUUAAAUAGAUUCUAUAGCAUGAAGACCGCUGGUGGUUACUAUGUUGUCGUCAUCGAAGAUGUAAAUUCUGGAAAAGUGAUAGCAUGCGCGUCUUUAGUUGUAGAGCAGAAAUUUAUUCAUAAUUGUAGCUUGCGAGGACGCCUGGAAGACGUAGUGGUUAACAAUAAUUACAGAGGGAAAUCAUUGGGAAAAUUAGUAGUUUCGAUCGUAGUGCAAUUAGCCCGUUAUUUUCGCUGUUACAAAUUAUCCUUGGACUGCGUAGAUCGUCUGGUGCCAUUCUACGAGAACAUAGGCUUCAAAAAGGAAACUAAUAAUGCCAAUUAUCUCAAUAUGCGCUUCCAUGGUGAAAAUGCCACUGAACAAUCUCAUUUAUAGUAACUGAUUUAUCGUUGCUUUAUCUGUAUGUAUCGGCAAUCAAGUACUUAUCCACAGUACAGCAUACAUAUGAAAAAACCGAACUGAAAUAUUACAACCUGAAUUAUAUUAAGUUUAAAAGAGA